AUGAUAUGGAAUGUCCAAGGUGCAGGAAGUCAAGCCUUUUUGACAAUGCUAAGGGAGGUGAUUCGUAUUAACAAUCCAACCAUUCUAGCUCUUGUGGAAACUCACAUUAGCGGAGAUACGGCUCAGAAAGUGUGUGAUCGGAUUGGCUUCUCGGGUCAAUUUCGAGUCGAUGCCCAAGGGUUUCGAGGGGGGAUUUGGUUGUUUUGGAGGAAGGAAUUAGUUAAUGUCCAUGUUCUUGACUCUCACACUCAACACAUUACUGUGGAGAUCUCUAAAGUGGGUGAAACACCAUGGAUUUUCUCGGCUAUAUAUGCAAGUCCUGGCUCAAAUUUGAAGAGAGAAUUAUGGGAGGCACUGGAAGAAGCUAAGCGAAGAUUCACUGGCCCAUGGAUUCUACGGGGUGACUUCAACGAUACAGUAAAUAUGAAUGAGAGAGUAGGCAUUGGAGGCGCGGAAAUGCAAAGGAGAUGUCGAAACUUCUCAAACUGGGCAGCAUGGAUUAAUCAUGCUAAGUUCGAUGAGUUCGUGACAAAGAUGUGGAACAAAAAAGCCCCUAUAGUUCCCUUUCAAACUAAAUUUGCUACUAAGUUAAGCAACUGGAAUCGAGAGGUUUUCCACAAUAUUUUUCGAAAGAAGGCUGAACUAUGGGCAAGGUUGGAUGGAGUCCAGAAAAGAUUAGCCGAGAAGUGGGAUCGGAGGUGGAUUAAGUUGGAAGCUAAACUUCGCAGAGAGCUUGAUGAGGUAUUACAGGAAGAAGAGAUGACGUGGUUUCAAAAAUCUAGACUAGAAGCGCUGAAAGAUGGUGACAGAAAUACGAAAUACUUCCACCUUUCUACGGUGAUUAGAAGGUAUCGCAAUAAAGUCACCAUGCUCCAAGAGAGAGAUGGAAAUUGGAUAACUGAUCCUUCGAGGUUAAAAGAGAUGGUUGUACAGUAUUGGCACUCCUUAUUCACGGAAGAAUUCCCACAGUAUGACACUCGAGCUUCACUCAAGGCAAGUUUCCCAUGA